AUGGAAGAAUAUUCAUCAUCGAUGUUCAAUAAUAUCGAUUGGUUUGAUGAUAUUUUUGAUAUUGUUGAUGUGGACGAUUGUGUGGAUGAUGAUCAAACAGAAGUUGAACGAAUGAUUAUGGAAGAUUAUUAUGAAGAUCUUAGUUUUAAUUUUCACCAAGAAGAACAAGAAGAAGAAGAAGAUGAUCAUGCUGAAAUACAAGAAAAACUAGGAGAAAAAUACAUGAUUAAUGAUGAUCAAGAAGAAAGUUUAUCACAAAAAUUAACUCAACUAUCCACUGAAGGUCAAAAACGUCCUUUAAGUACACCCACAUCGAGUCAAGAAGACCAUUCGAAAAAGAAAUUUUGUUUACCAACAGAGACAGUUGUAAAACAAGAACAAGAACAAGACCAACAACAAAAAACAAAUCAAAUUACAACUUAUUUAGAAAUAAUGGAUGAAAUGUUCUAUGAUGCUAUCUUCAAUUCGAAUACAAUAUCACGGAUUCAACUACAACUUCUCAUUGAAUGUAAACAUCAGAUGGGUAUAGCCCAACUUCAUUUAAAACGUUGGACACGAUAUUUAGAAGCAGGCAUUCAAAAGCAAAUAUGGUCAACUGAAGUGAAAGAUUUAUUUCGAAAAAAGAAAUUUCAAGAAAAACAAUUUCAAAAGUAUAUAGAAAAAUAUUUGAAUGAAAUAAAUGAUCGAUUAGAGAAAUUAAUACAACAAAUGAAUAAUUAUAAAGAGGAUUGCCCAUAUUUAACUGAUAUCAUCGAACAUAAACUCGAUCAUUUUAUUCAACAUUAUCGUCUUUUACCAAUGACACUCAAAUCGGAUUAUUAUCUAUCUCAAUUUGAAUAUGAUUAUCAAGAUGAAUUAUUACAACGUGAAUUUCGCCAUCUUCAACCCACAGAAAAACAAAUUGAAACUGUUCAACAUCUAUACAAAACAUAUCAAGAUUAUAUGCGAGAAAAACUAGAAUUAAUUGAAUUAAAACAUCGUAUUCUAUGUAAUUAUCCAACUCAACAUAGUGUCACAGAAGCCUUAUCCAUGGUAUCCAUAACUACAGUGACAAAUCCAAAUUUUUUUCAACAACAAAUCGAUCAUGAUGAUAAACAAGUGCAAAAACAUCUGAAUGAUUCUAUAACAAAAGCAAUUAUCAACAAUGAAAAGAAAAUUUCUCAAUGGCACUGUUUAUUUCAACAGCAACAAGAACAACUUUCAUCACCGAUGCUAACAUCAUCCAUGAUAGAUAUUAUCCAUCGUCGUCAAAAAUUAUUUGAACAAAAACUCAAUUGCACACUACAAUUUCAUUUAAAUUAUUAUUUCCGACAACAUUUUGGUGAACAAUCCGACGAUUUCAAUUUACCUAAAAUUAGUUUUUCACCAACUAUCAUCGUCCAUGCAUCAAUGCAUCUAUUCAGUAAGAAAGAUUUACAAUUGUUAUCACGCGGACCGACUUAUGUACCACCUUAUCAAUUGAUAGAAAAAAAUGAUAUUGAAAAAAAUUAUAAACGAUUACAACAUGAUUUAAAUUUAGUAUUUGUUCAACAUGAAGUGAAUACGGUUCAAUCAAUGAAUUUACAACGAAGAAUUAAACAUCUUUAUACGGAAGUAUUUUCAAAACCAACGAUAUCGAAAUCAAUUUAUGAACGUGCACUUUAUGAAAAACAAAUUAUUGAAAAAAUACGAAACGAUUUAAAAAAAUUUAAUUUAAUUUUACGACGGACAGCGGAUCAACAAAAUGUUUUCUAUCUUGGUGAUAGAAAAUCCUUCGAACAAUUAUGUAAUGAAUUUAUGUUAAAAACGGAUCUCUUUGAAAUACAUACAUCAAUCAACAAUGAAAAUAUUCGAGCCACACUUGAUUAUUUAACAGAAGAAGUUAAAUCUAUGAAUUAUGCAUUUGAAAAUAUAUUUACCGAUAUUUUAAAAUAUAAAGAACAACUGAAAAAAAUUAGCGUUCUUAUAGGCAAAGUGAAAUUGCCUUAUUUAUAUUUUCUACCCGAUUUAUCUAAACAACCAUUACUCAACGUAAAACCACUUAUAAUGACAUCAAAAAAUAGUCCUACAUAUGCACUAGGACGAUUUCUUGAUCAAAUAUUACGACAUGCCGUCGAUAUACAUCAACAAGGACGAAUCUAUCGAAAUGGCUCUUAUUUCUUACGAGAAUUUCAUGAUUAUAUUCAACGUUCUCAACGUUUUUCUACAACAACAAAAUUUGUAACAAUUACCAUUGGUAAUUUUUAUCAUUUAGUUCCACAUAAUCUUAUGAUCAACGCAUUAUCUGAUUUUUUUCUCAACUAUUAUUAUUUACCUCGCAUUGAAAAUAUUCAUCAUACUAAAAUUCUUCAAUUAACAAAAUUAUUUCUAUACAAUAAUCGAUUUUAUUAUGAUGGUAAGAUAUAUCGAUUGAAUAAAGGUGGUCCAACAACUUCACGUUUUACUGAAACGUUAGC